UCAGCCGGUUCCUCUUUACAUAACGGCGCGGGGCGGCAUGGGCUCGGGCCACCGCCUCCGCCCGGCCGCCCGCCCGGACUGUCGCGGCCCGCGGUGGCCACGGCAGCAGCAGCAGGAAAGUUUCCCCGGUGGCGGCCCAGGGGCGCAUCCUCCCGCAACUGUCAAGCGCUGGCGGCGGAAAUGAUGAGGCGCUGGCCAUUUUCCGAGCCUGGGUUUCCUGCCUGAGCCCCGCUCCUCAGAGCCGCGGGUGAGGAGCCGGCGCGCGGGAGAGGACGCGCCGGGGGCGGGGAACCGCCCGCCCUCCUCAGGACUUCGGGGGUCCGGGAGAGCGCGUCGCCAUGGGCCGGCGGGGCCCGGAGUCCCUGCCUCUCAGCCUGGCUGCCCUGCUUCGGUCUCCACCAUGAAUGGGCCCACCCUGCAGCCCGCCACGCCGCAGCCCACCGCCCCCCAGCCCUCCGCACCCCUGCGUGGCUGGAGUGAGUUCUGUGAGCUGCAUGCUGCGGCUGCGGCCCGGGAGCUGGCGCGGCAGUACUGGGCCUUUUUGCGCCAGCAUCCUCAGCACGCGCCACCGCGUGCAGAACUCGUGGCCCUGCGCUUUGCCGACCUUUUUCAGCGCUACUUCUGCUGUGAGUUGCGUGACACCUGCACUGCUGGGCAGCCCGGCCGGGACUACCGCGAGGCGGCUCGUGGGCCAGCUGCCAAAAGUAAGGUGUCCCAGCCUGGCCCUGGCCCUGCCACCUCCCUGCCCAAGGCUCACAGUUCCGAGGACCUGGCCCCACCACGCGCGCCUGGUGCCUGCGCCCUUCAGCAGCUGCGCCGCGGCCUUCGCCACCUCUUCCGCCGCCGCUCAGCCGGGGAGCUGCCUGCUGCUUGUGGCCAGGGGGACACGGCUGAGGCCCUCACUCGUCCUGGUUCUACCCGAAAGCUGCUGCCCUGGAGCCUGGCCCGGGAAUCGCCACCCGAUGCCCUCAAGGAAGAGGCACUGUGCUACAGCCUGGCAGAUGAAGCAUCCAUGGAUAGCGGAGCUCACUGGCAACGUGGGAGGCUGGUGCUUCGUUGUGUGUCUGGCCCAGAUGGCAGCCCAGGCCGUGUGCUAGAGCUCUUUGACCCACCCAAGAGUUCAAAGCCCAAGCUGCAGGCACCCUGCUUCAGCAUCCAGGAGGUCCGGCGGUGCACACGCCUGGAGAUGCCCGACAAUCUCUAUACUUUUGUGCUGAAGGUAAAGGACCGGACAGACAUCAUCUUUGAGGUGGGAGGCGAGCAGCAGCUGAACUCAUGGAUGGCUGAGCUCUGGGAGUGCACUGGCCAAGGGCCGGAGAACACAGAGCCAGAGAUGCGCCGUUCCUCUGCCCCUGAGCCCAGCACUUCCAGCUCGCCACAGGGUAGCACAGAUUCCCUGAACCAAGGUGCUUCUCCUGGGGGGUUGCCAGACCCCACUUGUCAGAAAACAGACCACUUCCUGUCCUGCUACCCCUGGUUCCACGGCCCCAUCUCCAGGGUGAAGGCAGCCCAGUUGGUACAGCUACAGGGCCCUGAUGCGCAUGGGGUGUUCCUGGUGCGGCAGAGCGAAUCCCGGCGCGGGGAGUAUGUGCUCACUUUCAACUUUCAGGGCAGAGCCAAGCACCUGCGCCUAUUGCUGACGGAGCGGGGCCAGUGCCGAGUGCAGCACCUGCGCUUCCCCUCAGUCGUGGACAUGCUGCGCCACUUCCAGCGCUCACCCAUCCCGCUUGAGUGUGGGGCUGCCUGCGACGUCCGGCUGUCCAGCUAUGUAGUUGUCGUCUCCCAGCCACCAGGUUCCUGCAACACUGUCCUCUUCCCUCCCUCCCUCCCACACUGGGACUCAGAGCUGGGCCUCCCCCACCUCAGCUCUUCUGGCUGUCCUCAAGGGCUUGGUCCUGAGGGUCUUCCGGGCCGCUCGUCACCCCCCGAGCAGAUCUUCCACCUGGUGCCUUCCCCGGAGGAACUGGCCAGCAGCCUGCGGCACCUGGAGUUUGAGCCUGGGAGUCGAGCCCGAGACUCUGACUAUGAAAUGGACUCGUCCUCCCGGAGUCACCUGCGGGCCAUCGACAACCAGUACACACCUCUCUGACGGCGGUGGGGCCCAGCCCCCAGGAGUACAGGCGAAGAUGUGAACUUGUGAAUGUAGUGAUCUUUCCUUCCUUCCAGAGAGAGAUUCAAGGGCCACCCAGCUACUACUCCUUGCAGUUGGAUGUGAGCCUAUUAGGCCUGUUAAAGGGCCUCCUGUAAGUCUUGCCCAUACUCGGCUUUUCCUUGUUGUUUACAGAAGUGGUUCCUAUCUGCAGAUGCCACCAGAUCUUGCCCUGGGUCCCUAAUCCCAGUCCCCAUCACUCUGAGAAGAAGUGGGGGGUGAGGGCAGGAGCUGGAGGAAAAACCCUCUCACUGACACUGGCACAGCUGAUGACAAACAUUCUACUGGGGGGAGAGAGGGGUGUCAUCAGGGAGCCCAGAACACUAACAAGCCCUGGAGCCUUGUGGGGUUUCCUGUCGGAGCAUCAGUCCCAAGGCAGGUCCAUGCCACAGGUGGGCACUCCUAAUACUGCUUCUCUCAGCUUUAGGACAAAAGCUCUAUCACGGGCAAGCUGAAGGUAAAAAAUGAUUUUAAACAUUUUACCUCAGAUUAAUUUUUUAAAGGAUUCAGGUUUCAAGACUAAAUCAUUGCUUCCUUCAUUGCACUGUUUCAACUUGUACCUGACUUGUGCCUGCUCUAUAGCCAGGAACUGCUAUGCAGACCCUGCCUGACUUACUCAUGGUCCGAGCCACUGUGCCUGGCGGCCUUGUCCAUCCGUGGGACCGUCACCUGCUGCUCAGCAGCCACUGUCCGCCCUGAAUACAGGGAAAUGAAGCGUGUCACACUCAGAGCAAUUCAGGCAAUCACUGAAACAAGAGGGGGGCAAGGAAACAGUUCUACCUUGGUGCCUUAAGAAUAAACGACCCUGGUGUACAGCAGCAGCCUCAUGAAGACUGGGUGUCACUGGGGAGUGGCAAGCGGAAAGGAAGGAGGCUGCUAGGCCCUUUCUAGGCAGCCCCCACUAACAGGCCAGCUCAGAGGCCCCCAUGCAUCUGUGGCUUAUUAAAUGACCCCACACAUGGGCUUCUGAUUCCUUUUUAAUCCAAAAUGGAAGCUAGGAAUCUGAUACUGGCCAAGGAGAAACUAAGAACUGACAAUCUGUCCUGUAUUUCUUAGCACAUGUGUCUCCACACACAGGACCCUGUCCAGCCAGGGCCUAAAGCCAAACCUCCAUCUAUACUUGCCUUUCAAAUGACAUGAUUCAUAGAGGGGCCUUCCUGUGGAGGCGCAGGCACAGAGCAGGCAGUGACGUAGCAGCCAGCUGCUCCCGAGUGCCCAGAGAACCAUUCAGUGUGGCCAACCAGUGUCAGGCAGUGGCUUCUAGGAUCACUCAGAAGUGAGCAUGAACCCAGCCUCAGAGCAACACUGCCUGCCUUCUCAAGGACAGGCUCGGUCUCUCCAGCUACUCUCUGUACACCAAGAGGGCAGGCCAUUGCUUCUACAACUUGCUCAUCUUUAGAGGGCUUUAGGGUGGGCAUAGUGGCACACCCCUGAAAUCCCACUGCUCAGGAGGCUGAGGCAGGAGGAUUGCCAAGCGCUCAAGUCCAACCUGGGAUAUGUAAUAAGUAAAAGGCCUGCACUACAUAUUGAGACCCUGUCUCAAAACACCAAGGGUGAAAAAUGGCUUUAGAGCCACCUCUGUGCCACUCUGAAGAUACUCCAGUGUUCUCAUGGCCCACACCCAGCACUAUCCGGGUUUGUUCAGAUCUGAGGAUGCCUGACUCUAUCCUCUACAAGCAGGCUUCUCUAGAACAUGUGUGGUUGGGUGUACCCUAAAGGCAAGAGCAACGUGAGUUCAAGGCCAGCCUGGGCUACCUCCUGAGGUCCUAUCUCAAAUAAAAACCACCAAAGGUGAA